GCACAACUGAAUCAAACUAAGGAUGACGAUGAACACUGUAUAUCCAGAAAAUCCAAUCAUAUAGCGUGAAAAGAGGGUGUUAUUGACCUAGUCUAGGCAACCCCUUGUACAUUUGUUCUGAAUAACUUUUUCCUUUUCCAUAGAGCUCGAUGUUGACUCACCAAAGAGCCUUGAAAAUGGUGAGGGUGGAAGGUUAAUAGCCCCACAGGAGGCAUGCAGCAGAAUAGCGGAAGUAGUACAGGAAGCCAUAAGGAAGAUGGAAAUGGUGGCCGAUGAGAAAAUGCGAAUGUUUAAGAAAGCCCGCAUGGGCCUUGAAGCAUGUGACCGUGAGCUGGAGGAGAAGGCCAAGGAGGUGACUGAGCUGAAACUAGAUAGGCAAAAGAAGAAGCUACAGAUAGACGAGUUGGAAAGAAUUGUGAGGCUCAAGCAAGCUGAAGCUGACAUGUUCCAGCUUAAAGCCAACGAAGCUAAAAGAGAAGCCGAGAGAUUGCAAAGGAUAGCUCUCGCGAAGACAGAGAAAUCAGAGGAAGACUAUGCCAGCAGUUAUCUGAAGCAAAGGCUGAGUGAAGCCGAGGCAGAAAAACAGUAUCUAUUCGAGAAAAUUAAACUUCAGGAAAGUUCAAGGCCGUCACAAAGCGGUGGUGGCAGUGGUGGGAGUGAUCCGUCACAGGUUCUGUCAUAUUCCAAGAUUCACGACCUGCUUCAUGGCUACAACGCAGGUCCGAAAUCAGACUCCCAGUUGAGUGAUCGCCACCACCAUUUCAGGACUAAUCCUUGAGAGAAAAAUUCCCGGCUUGUGGUCUCCGUCACUUAUGUUAGCUUUCUAAGUUCUAACUAGCUAAGCUAGAGAAUGUUGGUCUUGCUGCAGAAGUUUGGAUGCAAUGCUAUUUGGUCGUGCUUGUGUUUAGUCUUUAACCAGAAUUCUUUUCGUUUGUCGGCGGUCUGUUCCUUUCUCCUUUCUUUGUUUGUUGUUGUGUACCUGUGUAAUCAGAAUAUGGAGUGGGAGAUCCUAUCGUUUGUUUAUAUUAACGUUAUCCAAUAUCCAUGUUUUGCAACAUGAAGACUAUCAUUAAUUUUUGUGAUUCCUUUUGAAACUUCUGUGAAUUUGUUUGCCCGUCUUUGAUGGUUAGUUGAUGAGAUAGUAUAGCGGUUUCGAAUCGUAUUUCAAUAGAAUGUUAACUUCACC